UGAAAACACGUACGUACUCAAUAAAUGGCCGAACUGUGUUGUGGAACGUUUUUCGGCGUCUUGAAUGACGAGUCUUAUAGUGCGGCCGUCAUUACCUGCGUGCGAAAUGCGAAGUAGUUAGUAGGUAACGCCGAGCCGCGGUAUUCACCACAACAGAGUGUCGGAAGCCAGGACGACCAAGUGGCGUCGUCGAAAUCGCGACUCGGUGUAAACAACGACGGCCGAAGGAAACAUCGUAUUCGUUGCGUCCGGGUAUGGUUCGCUUUAGUAACGACUAAACAUUAACGAAUAAAGUUGUUGAAAUUGUUACGAUUAUUGUGACGUUUGUGCUAUUGGUUUUAUUUUCUGCCCCUGUGAUAAGACGAUGUUCAUCAUUAUUAGCUUAGAUCGUAAUUGUUAUCGCGGUCGUAUCGUUCGCAGUGCAUGCGGUCACUGUCGUCCAUUAUCACAAAAUCGUUUGGUAGCCUGGGAAACCCUGUACAAUCUAAAAUAUACACUGUAUUAUUAUUAAAUUCAUUUUUUUUUUUUUGCUCAUUUCUACUCUUAAUUAGCGAAAAACUACCUAUCUUUUUCGAAUAACGCAGAUCUCUUGAACCGCGCCGUUCAAACGCGCGCGUUGAUUUCGACAACAGUUCCGUAUUUUCUCGUGUCCGUCUCAUUUGCCGUGUUAGCGCGACACGUCCAUCAGCAGGCCUCAGACAACCGCACGGUAAGAGUAACUUUUUUGUUUCGACGACCAAGAGUCGUUACCAAGCUACGUUCUCUGAGUGAUGAUGGUCGAUAGAUAGUAGAGGUUCGACGGACAACAGUUUUUUUUUUAAAUGUAUCCACGUGCCCUGUGUGUUAUAGAUUUGGUGAUGAACAAAGACACUAAUAGACGGAUAUUGGCGAUCCAGGCGAAAAAGAAACGACGCAAACUGCCAAAGAAGCCACACGAAGAUCGUAAAAACACGCUACCCAAUGUGUCCAAUAAGCCCCAAGAAAAGGCCAAAACCCAUCUGAACCAGAGGGAUAGUGAUUCUUCAUCAAAUGAAUCUGAAGAGGGUACCGAUGAGAUGUACGCUUCUGAUGAGGAAGAACAAGAAGAGUCAAGCGACUAUUGUAAAGGUGGUUACCAUCCUGUCCAAAUAGGAGAUGUAUUUUUUAAUAGGUAAGUUAUUUGGUUUUCUACUAAAUUAUGCAUACUAAGUGGGUGCUAAAUACUAUUAAACUAUGAUACCUAUACCUGGUAAUAAUUUUACCAUAAACUAGAAAUUUUCCAUAGGGUAAAUCACUAACAGAAAUCUGUGUACAAAUGUUUGGUGAUUCUAAGAAUUUUAAGUAAUCUUACAGAAAAUUAUAGUAUUCUGGAAUCCCAUGUACACAAUAUUAAUUGAUGAUUAACCCUCUCUCUGACAAUGUCAAUUGAAUUUGAUUUCUGUUUUUUUUUUUUUACUCCCGUUCCUUAUAUCUGAAGUGAGUAUUCACUUUGGAUUUUUAAAUACCAAUUUCUGUUUCAAUCACAUAUUCAAAUAGACAAUAUUUUUCUAGACAUUUUGAUAUGCACAACUCUAAUAUCAUAUUUAUUGUUUAUGAGUUAUACGAGUUAAAAGCUUAGACUAUAUUAGUAUGAAAGGGUAAUAAAUUGUAUUAUUUAUUUUAAAUUGUUAACAUUUUUUGAAAAUUGUAAAAUUUGUUGCAUUUUAUAAAUAAUUUCAUCAAAAAUUUGAUCGGAAUCAUAUUUUAUUAGCAAUAGUUUAUUAUUAUUAAAAAAUAUGUAGCUCUUAAAUGUUACAUUAUUGUUAAACCACUACCCAUUCUUAAUUUCUAUUUAGCAACCUAUAUUUAAAAUGUUAUUAAUAGAUUAGGUUUUAGUUAACUAAAUAUAUUUUGAUUUUGAUGUUUUGAAUUUCUGUUAACUCGUUGAUGAAAUACUCCACAUUUAAGUUUCUGGUAUUGUAGUUAGGGGAGAAUAAUGGAAUAUCAUACAUGGGGCGUUUGAUUAGUGAUUUUUACAGAGCAUUUUAUUCUGUAGAUCUAAUAUUAAAUUCAGACAAUUUGUGAUAUAAUGAAAAUCUCAAUAAAACUAAUGAAACUUUUAGUCUCUUGAAAAUCUUGUAAUAUAAUAAAAAACUAAAUGUAUUUUUGUCCCAUCAAUAUAACGAAGUUAUUUUGGCCAAGGCUCUCGUGUUGUAACAAAUUUAUAUAAUUUUGGAACUUAAUAUUACAAAUUUUUAAUUUUAGAUUCUGAAAGGAUCAAAGAAACUUAUAGUUUUACAAAGAUGUUUAGUUUUUUUUCUGUGGACAACUUUUCUACCAGCAAUUUUGCUCGGAUUCCAAACAGUGGUUGCCCGGUCUUUAUUAAUAUAUAUACUCAGUAUGAGUCUUAUAUUAUAAGAUCCACAUCUGUUGAUGUUUAAUGAAUAUCUAUUUGUAGUGUAUUGAUUUAAAUUUUGAAUUUUUUUUAAAUCUCAAUAUAACAAAAUUUCAUUAUAACAAUUUUUUCCUCAGUUCCUUGAAAUUUAUUAUAUAUCGCGAGUAGAUUGUAUUAUCAUUUAAUCUGAGUAUUUGAUAUCUAUUAAAUUAAUUCUUUUUUAUUUUUUAACAGAUAUCAUGUGUUAAGAAAGCUUGGAUGGGGCCAUUUUUCAACUGUUUGGCUAUGUUGGGAUUUUACAGAUAAGCAAUAUGUUGCGCUUAAAGUGGUAAAAAGUGCAUCUCAUUUUACUGAAACUGCUUUAGAUGAAAUAAAACUUUUAAAAAGUGUUCGCGAUUCUGAUAUUAGUGAUAAAAAGCGAGAACGAGUAGUCAUGUUAUUAAAUGAUUUUAAAAUUAGCGGUGUUAAUGGCAAUCACAUAUGCAUGGUAUUUGAAGUACUUGGUCAUAAUUUGUUAAAGUUGAUUAUUAAAAGUGAUUACUCAGGUAUACCAAUACAAAAUGUUAAAAAUAUCAUACGGCAAGUUCUUGAGGGGUUAGAUUAUUUACAUACAAAAUGUAGAAUAAUACAUACCGACAUCAAACCUGAAAAUGUAUUAUUAUGUGUUGAUGAGGUAUAUAUUAAAAAUUUGGCCAAAGAAGCGGCUGAAAUUCAUCAAACUGGACAAAAAUUGCCUGUAUCAUUUAGUAGUACUGCACCAAAAAGUAAUCUCAAUAAACCUAAUUUGACUAAAAAUCAGAGGAAAAAAAUGAAAAAGAAAGUAAAACGGCAAUCUGAACUUCUUAAAGUUCAUAUGCAACAAUUAGAAGAACUUGAAACAAAAAAAAGUGAAGAUUCUGGAGGUGAAAACAGUAAAGGUUAGUAUAUUUAAUUCAAAUAUGGCAUUAAUUUUCAUGUUCUUAUAAUACCUAAUUACUAACAUGGAUAAACCCCUAAAAUUUGCUGCAUGAAUUUGGUUAUAUUCCUUAAUUACUAACUUAAAAAGUUUAGAACUUAUCUAUGAUAUCAAAUUGUAAUUUACAAUAUAGUUUAAUAUUUUAAAAUUCAAUAAUUUUAGAAUUCAAGUCUAAGGGGAAUUACAAAAUACAUUUUUAUUCUUAUCUAAAUCAUUCAUAUUUUAAUUAUCUCCAGGGUAUCUCAGAAAUAUCUGUUAUAUUAAUAAUAAAAAAAAAAAAAAAUGGGUUAUAUUUUAAAUAUGAGCAAUUGAUUUUAAUUAUUUGGUUUAUAUACUUUCAGUUGAUGUCAAAUAUGAAAAAUCAAUACCAGUUGAUGCAAAUAUUAGUGAAUCUAUAUCUAAUGGUUAUAAUAGUGACAGUUUAGAUCUUCCGGCAUAUGAAUUCAAAACAGAAAAUGAUCAUAAUUCAGAUGAAACUAGUACAGUACAUAAAAAUGGAACUGGUGAAUCGAGUAAAGACAGUAAGCCAUUGUCAAAAAAACGAUCAUUUAGAAGUAAAUCCCGAGAAAAUAUGACACCGGAUCCAGCAUUUAAUGUGUGCGAUAUUAAUGUUAAAGUAGCUGAUCUUGGUAAUGCAUGUUGGAUAGAUCGUCAUUUUACAGAAGAUGUUCAAACUAGACAAUAUCGUUCGCUAGAAGUGUUAAUCGGUGCCAAAUAUGGUACAUCAUCAGAUAUUUGGAGUGUUGCAUGCAUGGCAUUUGAAUUGGCAACUGGUGAUUAUUUAUUUGAACCUCAUUCAGGUGAAGCUUACUCCAGAGAUGAAGAUCACAUUGCUCAUAUUAUAGAGUUGUUAGGUAAGAUUCCAACCAAAGUUAUUGAAGAAGGAAAACAAUCACCACAGUUUUUCAACAAACGAGGAGAAUUACGCAAUAUAAGUAGUUUAAAACCAUGGUAUUUAUAUGAUGUACUAAGAGAAAAGUACAAAUGGCCCAAACCUGAAGCUAAGGCAUUCACCAAUUUUCUACUUCCCAUGUUAGAGUUUGAUCAACACGCUAGAGCUACAGCUGCUGAAUGUUUACAACACGAAUGGUUAAAAUCUUAAUACCUAGUAACUUUUAAAUUGUUGAUAAUACCUUUGCUGAUAAUGUGUGUACUUGGUAACAGCUAAUAUUUUAAAUAUUUUAUUUUUUAUUUUCUAGCAAAAAAUAAAAAAAAUGUAUUUUCUAAUAAAGUCACAGUUAAUUAUGGAUUCUGUAUAAUGUAAAUAAGUAUUAUAUAUAUAUAUAUAAUUUUAGGAUAACAAUACGUAUAAUAUUAUAAUAGUUAUUUCAAACAAUUUAUGCUAGAUAAUUUUAGCUCUAUUGUAUGUUUGAAUGGUUUAUUUGUAGUUUAAAAAAAAAAAAACUGAUUUUAUAUGGCAUGUUUUUUAAGUAAGCAAAUAAUUCCAAUAAUUUAUUAAACAGUUGUGUUAUUAAUGAAUGAUUUUAGUUAAGAUUGAUUUGAUUAUUUCCCUUUAUACUACCUGUACUUAGUAUACAAAGGGAUUUUUAUGAAUUAGUUAAUAAUAAAUUGAUAUUGGUAUUUAAUAUGUACAAGUACCUAAUAACAUCAUAAUAUUUGUCCACUAUGAUCAAUCGUUUUGGUUUUUUAUUCCAAAAUUAAUUUGUUUUUACUUUAAAACUUUAAUGGGGUUUAAAAAAAAAAUUGUUCCUAUUCACUCCAAUGGUUAACGUGUAGUCAAAAUAAUAUACUUUACUUAAACUGCUUAAUUCCACAUCCCUCAAUAAGUUCUCAUGUAUUACUAUUUAUGUUUUUGGGAAUGGAGUUGUUUUGUUUGUACAUGAUUUUUUUGAAAAAAUUUACAGCAUAUAAAAUAUAUAUAUUUAUAUAUAUGUAUUUUAUUUUUGUCAUUAUAUUGUAACAAAUUAUUUAUACUUUUUUUUUUCACAGUAUCAUUUAUAAAAAUUAGUAUAUAUUAGUUUAUUAUGUGUCUAUAAAAACCUUAUUUGUUUUUUAAAUGUAUGAAAUGUUAUUAAUAAUAAUGGUUUAAAAUUAAUUUUGUAAUGAAUUAAAUGGUAGUAAUUGCAAAAUUAUAACAAGUCAUAGGGCUGCAUUUGUAUAAUUUAAUCUUAAAAAUUACCAGUACCAUAGCCAGGAAAUUUUUUUGGGUUAGGGGCACUAAAAGUUUUGUUUGGAAUAAAAAAAAAAAUCAAAGGUGGUUAUGAGCCCUUUCUGUUACGGCACUGUUAACUAUCUAUUAUUUGUUUUAUUACAUAUGGGUAAUUUUUGUGUGUGUUUAAGAAUAAACUCAAAUUGGAAUACCUAUUUAGAUAAUAUAAUAAAUACUAGCGUGUUCUUCAAUUAACAAGUUUUAUAAUAUGUACUGAGCCUUGUGAAUGAUUUUUUAUCCUUUGUUAAUUUAGUUACUUAUGUGUAGUUACUUAUUUGGUUACUAUGGCCCAUGAAGUGAGUUCUUCAAAAUAUUAAAGAAAAGCAAAAUCUUGCUCUAAUUAAAAAUGAUGAGAGCUUUCUUUUAGCAUUUUUUCAAACCUAAUUAUUGCAUUGAGGUUAUUUUUUUUUACAUUUUUCUAUUAGUUGUUUUUAGUAGAUAAUUGGAGAAAAAUGAAAAAGUUUAUAGCAAAAUUGAUUUUAUCAUUUUAAAUUUUGUUUUUUUGGUUUAAAAUAAUCAGAUUUGAAAUUUUCAAAACAUUCUGACAACACUUAGAGUUGUACUUUAUUGGCGUUAGUUUGUUAUUUAUAAAUUAAAUGAAUUUGUAUCCUACCUUUUUACCUAUAACUGCGGUAUAUCUUUUAGAAAUAUCAGCUCUUUGUAUUUGAGAACUAGUUCGAAAACUAAUUGUUCACAUCCGUCAACUUAUUUGUGUUAUUGUCUCCAAAUUGAAUUAUAGUUAAUAAUACCACAUUUGGUCCUUUGUAGCCAACCUAAAUCGUGGCCUUCUGAGGCACGUAUGUCCAGCACAUUUUAUUUAUUUAUAAACGGUCAAUAAACUUAGAAGUGUAAUGGUUUUAAUAUUUUUGUGCAACUUUAAUGAAAAUCACGAAGAAAUCAGCUUGUUGCUUGUUUGUUAUUUAUAGUAGAUUUAUAUCUAAAGAUAAAUAAAUAUUUCUUU